AUGUUGUCUCUUCGAUCCAUCAUUAUGAUCUUUCUUCUUUUGGCCAUGCAGCCAAUGGCCAUGCCUUCCUUGAUGAGUGCAAACUACACUCGUCCAUCCACUCAAGUUUCCAGUUUGGCCAACGAAAACAUUGUUUCCACUGUUGACUUUGUUGGGACCGCCGUGGAGAUGGAAUCCACUGGUAUUCCAUCUUUCUCCCUUGCGGAGUUUAUCAUGUCUAUUGACUACGAAUUGGUCAAGGCUUUCGCACAAGACUUCAGCAAGAAGUACGAAGCCUUCGCCGAAGCAUUCACUGAUGCCAUGUCUGCCAUCUUCGAGUUCUUCAGUAUGGAGUACAACGCCUACAAGCAAUCGAUCAACUACGAAUCGAUCAAUGCUUUCGCACAACUCCUCAACGAGAAGUACGAAGCCUUUGCCGAAGCAUUCACUGAUGCCAUGUCUGCCAUCUUCGAGUUCUUCAGUAUGGAGUACAACGCCUACAAGCAAUCGAUCAACUACGAAUCGACCAAUGCUUUCGCACAAGUCCUCAACGAGAAGUACGAAGGCUUCGCCCAAGCAUUUACUGAUGCCAUGUCUGCCAUCUUCGAGUUCUUCAGUAUGGAGUACAACGCCUACAAACAAUCGAUCAACUACGAAUCGACCAAUGCUUUCGCACAAGACUUCAACAAGAAGUACGAAGGCUUCGCCCAAGCAUUUACUGAUGCCAUGUCUGCCAUAUCUGCCAUCUUCGAAUGCGAAGCAUUCCACCAUUCCAUCGACGACGAGUCCGUCAUGUCUUUGGCAGAACUCUUAAAUGAGCAGUACGAAGCAUACGCCCAAGCAGCGUUUACUGCCAUGUAUUCGAAGCUCGAACUCUUCAUCCAGAAGCUCGAAGCAUACAACCAAGAGUCCCAUGUCGAGUACCAACGAGUCUACAAGAAGCUAGAAGACGUUGCCAGUGACCUACUUGCUGCAGCUCCAGCUUGGCCAAGCUUACUUGACCCUGAAUUCAUCGUCAGAGAUGUUUUCGACGGAAUGCAAUCCUACACCACCAAGGACCCAUUCGUCCCAGCACCACUUCCACCGUUGCCAUCCCUUGAGGACGCUCAAUCGAUUGCAGCAAUGGAGGUAGUAUUGGACUCCUCGAUCACUUUUGGUGCCAUUGUCAUUGCCCUACUCCUCGUCGCCACUGUGACUACAAUCAUUUAUGCCAGCAGUGUCAUCGAUCGAGAGCUCAUAUCCAUGGAAGAUUUAUCCAUCGUCUUGGAGACACCCUGUUUGUCCAUGACUGAU